AUGCAGUUCUUCAAGAAUUAUCGAGUCUAUGUACUCACAUCGGUGGCCUACCUGGGCUCACUGCUCUUUGGCUAUGAUACGGGUGUCAUGGGCAGUGUGCUCGCCCUCAAGAGCUUCAAACAAGACUUUGGCCUGCCUACCGACUCCAGCGGCUUCUCCUCAUCCGAAAAUGCCCACAUUGCAUCCAAUGUAGUUUCUCUCCUCACAGCCGGCUGCUUCUUCGGCGCCAUCACCGCCGCAUUCAUCAACGAACGCUUCGGUCGCCGCUAUGCCCUCAUGCUCUUCACCAUCAUCUUCCUCGUCGGCGCAGCCAUCCAGACCAGCGCCUCACAUUCGAUUGGCCAAAUCUACGGCGGCCGUGUCAUUGCCGGCUUCGGCGUCGGAGGCAUGAGCUCCAUCACCCCGGUGUUUGUCAGUGAAAACUGCCCACCCGCCACCCGAGGCCGUGUCGCCGGUCUGUUCCAGGAGUUCCUCGUCAUCGGAAGCACAUUCGCCUACUGGCUCGACUACGGCGUGGCCCUGCACAUUAAACAGAGUACAAAACAAUGGCGUAUACCCGUCGGUCUCCAGCUUGUGCCAGGCGGCCUCAUGCUCUGCGGCCUCUUCUUCCUCAAGGAGUCGCCCCGGUGGCUCAUGAAGAAGUCUCGUCACGAGGAGGCUCUGCGGUCUCUAGCCUACAUUCGCAACGAGGCUCCAGACAGCCCCGAGGUGCUCAAGGAAAUUGCAGAGAUUCGCGCCUCGAUCGAGGAAGAGAUGGCCCUUACAGAGGGCGUGACCUGGAAGGAGUGCUUGAAGAAGGGCAACUGGAACCGCUUCGCACUGGCUUUUGGAAUCAUGUUUUGGCAGCAGUUUUCCGGAACCAACAGCAUCGGAUACUAUGCCCCCGAGAUCUUUGAGACAGUUGGCGUCAGCAGCACAAACUCGUCGCUGUUUGCAACUGGAGUGUACGGCACCGUCAAGGUGGUUGCCACGGCCCUCUUCCUGAUCCUCGGCAUUGACCGACUGGGCCGCAAGAAGAGUCUCAUCGCCGGUGCCAUCUGGAUGGCCAGCAUGAUGUUCAUCAUCGGCGCCGUCCUCGCAACCCACCCGCCGGACCCAAAGAGCACCAAUGUUUCCUCGGCGUCCAUCGCCAUGGUUGUCAUGAUCUAUCUUUACGUUAUUGGGUAUUCUGCGUCAUGGGGGCCCACGCCCUGGGUCUACGUCUCCGAGAUCUUCCCUACCCGUCUACGUGAAUACGGCGUCGGUCUCGCCGCCGCAACGCAGUGGCUGUUCAACUUUGUCAUUACCGAAAUCACCCCCGCGGCCGUCAACCACAUUGGCUGGCGCACCUUUAUCAUGUUUGGAUGCUUCUGCUGCGGAAUGUGCGCCUUUGUCAUCCUGUUCAUCAAGGAGACCAAGGGCCGCACGCUGGAGGACAUGGACGUGCUGUUUGGCCUCGUCAGCGAGGACCAGCGCCAGGCGGACGUGGAGCAUGUGCUCAACAAGGGCGUCGAGCUGGAGCAUGUCGAGCAGGAAGUCCAUGUUGCCGCCGACAAGGCCGUGUAG